GAAGAAAAGAAGAAAGACUGCGGGAAUAUUUUACAGCGAAACCGAAAACGGGGUGUAUUUUGCCAUCCGGUGGUGGGACAAUUGCAAUUAAAUCCACAAAUGAUAGUAAAUGUAUAUGACACACAUGACGUAAAGAGACUGGAUAGUCAGAAGGGAAGGGAAAUGACGUGUUAAACGUCAUAUAGUUAGUUUUUUGUAGGUUGAAAUGCACGAGUCGGACAACAGUAGAGUAACAUAGAAGGUUGUGAAACCGAGGCGCUUGUGGACACACCCAAGCCAGGGCCGCCUUAACACGUUGGACCAGUGAUGGCUUCCACAAGGGUGUUGUCACCGAGGAGCACAAACGCAGCAGAGGCACGCAUCAGCGCCAGGACCCUGCGACUCUCUGGGGGAGAUUAACGAUUAAUGCCCCCGCGUCACUGCCUUUUAGGUCGAAUAAUUAAUCGCUCUCCAACUGGGAUUGUUCCCGAUAUACACUCCUGCAGCCCGUCCGGAUCCUAACCGAAACGGAGGUUCUGUUGCAGCCAUGGGGGACGUUGUUUCAUCUCACCUGGAUGAAGGCAAGCGGGAGAUGAUUACAGGAAAGACCAGAGAUGUGAUGAGACAGUUCAGUGACGUGUAUGAACAGCAGUACGCGGUUGCUCUCUUCAACAGCGUCCGCUACGAGAUUGAAGGAGGAGGUGGGCCGCAGUCGCAGCUGCUACACAGAAAGGACCCUUUGGCUGGCCGAUCGAUCUUUUCAGGAAACUUGUUUCAGUACCUAGAGGAGAAUCGCAAGUGGAGAAAUCGCUUUGUAUCAGUGCCAAACAACUACAGCAUCAACCUCUAUGAGAGCAGAACCGCACAGGAGCGGGGACUGCAUCCCAAAAUAACCAUCAACUGUGCCGGCUACAGGGCCUUGACCUCCAUGGAAGAGUACAUUGAACUCAUUAACAACAGCCUUCCAGGUAUUAAAUCCAAUUUGGGAAGCAGUCCUUUCAUCAAAUGUGCGACUCAGUUCCCUCUCAUCCUGUGGCACCCGUACGCUCGGCACCAUUACUUCUGUGUGAUGACCGAGAAGGAGCAGCAGAAGUGGCACGCCGUUUUGCAGGACUGUGUCCGGCACUGUAACAAUGGUCUGCCGGAGGACUGCACCGUUCAGACGCCGGCAUUCACCGACACUGUGAGACUGUACAGACAAGCCCAGGGACACUAUGGGACCUGGGAUAUGAUGUGUGGAACUCCACCACAGAUUCUGGCGAACCUCGUGAUGGAGACCCUCCAUCCUGAGUUGAGAAAUGUGAUCGGGCCUCGUCUGAAGGGGAAGACACAGCAGAGACAGAGGAAUUGGAUGUUUAUAUCUGAUGCAGUUUACAGGCAGGUUUUGGCCCAGACCACCCAUCAAUAUGAUGCUCUGCUUGAAGGCUGUGAGUCUCAGAAGGUUCUACUGGAUGCGAGGCUGAGAACCAACAUGGACCAGGUCAUUGCUUCCAAAGAGCAUGUCAGCAGCAAGAUCCGAGCCUUGGUGUUGCCCAAAGCAGAGUCUCUCCUGAAGAGGAGCGUCCAAACCUAUAUCAGCUCCAUCUUGGAGGCCCUGAUGGAGCCCACCAGCCGAGGUUUUGCAGAGGUCAGAGAGGUUUUCUUCAGGGAGGUGGUGGAGAUCAGCAAGAACUUGUUAAAUGGAGGAGGCAAAGAGAAGCUGGGAGAGCAUAUGGAAAGGCUCUCCAUGCUCGCCUUCCAUCCGGUCAAAAUGCAGAGCUGCUACGAAAAGGUGGAGGAGCUCAACCUGGAGGGGCUGCAGCAAAGGUUCGACGUAUCCAGCCCCUCCGUGUUUGUCAGCAGGGCUCAGAUCCUCAUGAGGGAGCAAAUGGACAAUGCAGUACACACCUUUGAGCAGCUGCUGCAGCAGUCUUUGGCUGCUCAGGGAGACAACGACUUGUGCAAAACUAUCCAAGGGUGCCAGGACAGAGUUCUCAAGAAAUAUGAUUAUGACAGCAGCACAGUACGCAAGAAAUUCUUCAGAGAGGCUCUGCUGCAGAUCAUAAUCCCUUACAUGCUGCAGCAGCUCUCCCCAUCUUGCACGCCCGAGCUGCCACGUUUUAAAGAGCUCAUCUUUGCCGAUUUUUCACGCUUCCUGCUUGUUGAAAAUCUGUUUGAAGAGGUGGUGCUGCAGUCCGUCACCAAGGACAUCAUGAUGGCUGUGAAGGAGGCUGCCGUCCAGAGGAGGCACAACCUCUACAGGGACAGCAUUGUGAUGACCAACAGCGACCCCAAUCUCCAUCUACUGGGGGAAAACUCACCGGUGGACUGGGCCGCCAAAUUCUGUAGCGAGGAGACCGAGGGUUCCAACAGCAGUGGGGAGGAUGGAGGUUCGGGUAAACGACGCAAGCAGGUGGUGUCCAUGAUCCAGUUGGAUGGAGUACCUCUGCCAUAUGAGUCAUGUUUGGAGGUUCCUGGGGUGGAGCUCAUCCCGGAAGAGGGCUCUGGUGCAUCCAAGGAGGAGGAGGACGACGAACCCAAUGUGGACCCGUGCACGGAGCCCAAGUCUCCUGAUAGUGUGGAGGAAAUCCGAGAUCUCAUCAAUCCCGUGGUGGAAGUGGUGCUACCGGACGAAGCCCACGGCGACACCCCCAACGGGACGGUCAGCCCGGACGACGACGUGCAGGAGGAGGUGAGCCACGUCACCACCGUCGUGGAAGAUGUCCCGCAUGACAGGAGAUCUCCACGCUCGCUCCUUCGGCAGCUGGUGGGAAACAGGAACCAGGAAGCUGAGAAGGAGGAAGCGGCCAUUAAAAGCGCCAUCGAGGAGAUAGAUUUAGCGGUACAGGAAGGCGACGGCAAACAAACUGCAGCGUCUCCUUCCGUGACGCCAUCACAGCCUCCAUUGGCGACAGACUCCAGCCCACGUGAGGAGGCAGUCAGAAAGAGCCUGAAUGGGGAGGACACCGUCAUCGAUGCUGUCGAGGUGGAAGUGGUCGUGGCGUAGGAGAUUUUGCUGACUUUGAUGUAUGUAUGAUGUUGCUUUGUUGACGUUGCACACUUGAAGACCAAUUGUAUGCUGGAGAUACGUUCUUACUCUCUUUAAUAAUUAUCAUGCAAGCUUCUUUUCCUAUUUUAUAUACGACACUGAACACACCACAUUUUUAUAAUAAUCUGGACCUGACUGCGGGAUACAUUAAAACAUUAACAAUAAGCAAGACAGUUAUUAUACAGUAUAAUAAUUGUUUACAGUCCAUCAGCAAGGGGUGUCAUCAUAGUUGGAUUGCUAUGUCUUUUAACUGCUACAGUUUUUCAAACUAGUCUAUAUUUUUGUAAGUGUUUUUUUUUUUUUAUUUAUACCGUAGUCUGUAUUCCAGUGUCUUAACAAGGUAUCUUCACGGAACGUCAAACAGAUGGUCCUCCGGUUACACUGUACACGGAGCACAUGAAGGGUGCAUAAAAUAUAGCAAUAAGAUUAAAUACAGGGAUUAAGUAUGCUAGAUCUCCUUGUAACAGCGCACUGAAUCCAUGACCCCUCUUUAUCCUUAAUGAUGGGGGCAACAGUGAACCAGGGCGGCCAAUAUGAGGUUUUUAUGACGUUCAUUUUGUGUUUACAGGCUAACAUUUGUUGUAAACCGAGGACCACUUUGUAGGUGUUUCUAUGAACAUAUAAUCGCAAGUAGGAGACAUAAAGCUGAAGAUUUGUGGCUUCCAGCAGUGUUCAUUCAAAUCUCACUUUGAUAUUUGCCCAGCUUCAAACGUUGGAGGUGUUUUCUUAAGCACGUUUUCUUAUAUCACCUUUCUUCCUAAGCGUCAAUUUUUCUCCCAUCAAAUUGUUACUGUGAGCUGUAAUUGUACGUACACAAUUUUACAUUUAGAUCAGUUGGAUGGAGGAAAAGUCACAUGGAGUUUUUCCUUCCCUAGCGCAACCCCGGAGCCGUUUUCAGCCCGAAUCCCGUUUUUUUUCCACCUGAAAAUGUUUGGACUUUGAUGCAUUGUGACAUUUUUCUAAACUUUAGGAAUAUAAAUACGAUAGAAAAGGAAUCUCCUCCAGCAGUUGUAUCUUAAAUGUUGAGAAGAGAGUUGCAAAUCCUUCUCACUUUUUAAAAAUAGUUCAUGGUUAGUUGUAAAAACACAUAAAUUUCUCCAGUUUUAGACUUUUGAAUCCAUAUCUUAAAUAAAGUACGGUUUUAAGCACAGCAACCCCCGUUUUAUUUAUUCUGAACACAUGCGUGAUUGUGCUUCCCAGAAAUGUAAUGUUUUUUGUCAUCUUGAUCUAUGUAUGAACAUUUACUGCUUAAUAAAGUUAUUUCAUCAA